GUUCAGGUUGAGCAGCAAUACCGUAGCAAAAAGGUGCGAAAAUUUUGGCAGGAACAUGCAGAGGAUAAUCGCUUUGGUGGCCAUCAUGGCAUGUGGACUAUCGUUGGUGGCAGCUCAGACAUGUCAGACGUGUCUGGAGCAAAACGAUGUGUACUGCGUUGAUCAGAAUAGCUAUCAGAAUUGCAUGAAAAAUGGUCCAGUUGGCGAUGUUAUCGAAUGUCCUGCGGGCACCGUUUGCUCAAAUUCGGACAGCGUUUGUGCUCUGAUCUCCGAGCUGAAUUCGACCAUAUUGGACGUGUGUGGAGGCCCGGGCGGAAAUGGAGCUAAUUGCGAAGUGUGUUCCUCAGGCGCCAAAUACGCCUGUGUCAGCAGUACCCAGUAUGCCCGUUGCUCCUCCAGCGGCGAUGUGCUGACCAGAAGUGUGUACAACUGCGGCACGGAUGAGAUUUGUAACAUAGAUGCUCUGUCGACGUAUCAAACCGUCUGUGUACCGUCUUGUGCCUCCGAAUUUCUUGGAUUGGAUGCCACCUGUAGCAACAGUAUUUAUCAGCCAACCACAACAACUACAGUGGCUCCAACGACUACUCCUAGUGCCGCGCAGAUAGAGGAUUUAUGCAGUGCUGGCGAGCCUAGUACCAAUCCUAGUUACUUCUUUACCAGAAUAACCGACGACUCCACGUGCAACAGUUACCUGUACUGCCAAAAAUCUGGAACCACCUGGGUUGCCCUCUACAUGACUUGCCGCGCUUCCACGCCCUUCUUCGACUCAACCACCAGCUCAUGUGUGACAACCAGGCCGACCAGCUGCUCGGUUACAACGACUCAGUCGCCUUCUGAUUCUUCAUCGACUGCUUCUUCAACUGAGUCCUCCUCCGCGUCUUCAUCCACAGCUUCCUCAUCAACGGAAUCUACACCAAAGACUGCGUCCUCCUCGUCUUCUUCAUCUACGGAAUCCUCCACCGACUCUUCAUCCAAGACUUCCUCCACCACGCAGUCUUCUUCUAAUGAAUCAUCCACAACGUCUUCAUCAACAACUUCUACGACUAUUGCUACUCCUUAAGCAAAUGAUAUACCGGAAAUAGUUUUCUAAUUAAAGCAUUAAUAUGGUUUUUACAACCUACUAAAAUAAUAAAACCAUAUAUAUUUGUAAACAAUCUUUGAUAGCCAUUUAAUAAGUCCGAAAUAAUAAAUACGAUACAUUUCAAA